CAGAAAAUUUCCGAGUGAGUCACAUUUAGUUUUAAGAAUGAAAAUAGGGAUUUGACAAGACAACUGUCGCGCUCUAGGAAAUGGUAGUCAAAAACACCGGAACUAACGAAAGAUCCCGUUGUUAUCAGCAAUUUUCACAACAUUACAUUCCAAUGUUUAUACUGGGACCUUUCAUCAGCCAAUCAUAAACAAGGCGACACUAGCGCGGCGCACAGAAAAAUUGAAUUUGAUGAAGAUUUCAGUUUCGAUCUACCGAAUGUAAUUGUACUUGUUUCGAGCCAUUCUGGAGCUUCUAAAUGAUUUUUUGGAUUUUCUUGAUUCUAUAAAGUCUUCGUAUAAAAAAAGCCUCAAUCUGAUAGAUGCGUAAAAUUAGGUAGGCUAGAUAUCCAGCUAUUUAAGAUCUUGUUCAAGGAUUCACUUUCACACCUUGUAACACUGCUACUCUAAUUGCUCACCUGUGAAUUGACUAGCCACUCCGUAAAAUGAAAGCUAUAAAAUUAUGAGGCUUGCAUUUUGGGUGGAUUCUUCAAAGCUCCAGACUCUUCAAGUAUUGCAAGCAGGUUGAAUGUGAUCGCAUUACAAUGCACAGCUUGAUAGGAUUUGAAAAAGAAAAAAUGUUUCAGUUUUAGGGGAAAUUUUUAGAAUGGAUGGCAGUUGACUUUCCAGACACCACUUGGAAUUUUCAAAUUGGAAAUCUUUAGACGAAGCUCUCAGCAUUAAUGUUUUAUUCAAUUCAAAGUCAAGCAGUGACUUUAUUUCAAAGUAACGAGUAUGACACUACAUAUUUUCUAGAAUAUGCUGUGUUUUUCCCUACUGUACUUCAGCUUUAAACAAGUGAUUCUUUCAGAAAGGUAUAUGGGUUUGGGUUUGGGUACUUGAGGCCUUAAAUUACUGAUAAGCUAUGUCCAACAUUAAUAGAUUACGUACGUAUGAAACAAUAGCGACUUUUUUCAAAUUAUAACAUUCAAGUACCUACACAAUAUUUUUCAUUAAGGAGAUAAGAUAACUGGAUUGACAAGUUUUUUUUCAGAUAGGUAUCUUGAGCGAUGAACUCAUCUAACAGAAAAUGAAUAAGUAGGUAAGCAUGGCAAUACCUAAUGUUUUUAAUCGUCAACAUCGCAGUUCAGCCAAGUAAUAGUGCAAACGUCCGUCUACAUUUCCAACAGAUGGGUAUCUACAAAUGUGAAUGAAGUUUUAAUUUUAUACAAAAUCUUUCAAUGUAAACUCGUGAAAUAGAAAAUCAUGAAAAAAUUAUCUCAUUUAUCAUUGUGGUGUAAGUGGAAGAGACCAUCUUCAGUUCCCAAUUCAAACACUUGGCAUAGAUUUACUACAAAACCGAAAGAUGGGAAAGAGUAUAAAAUAAAAAUUAUGGAUCUGACGCCUGAUAGAUUUGCAGAAUGUAUGGAAUUAACGAAAAAUUAUUUCUGUCCUCAAGAGCCUCUAAAUUUAUCAUCCAAAUUGGUAGAAGACGAAAUAAGUUUCCACAAUGAACUUAAAAUCCAAAACGCAGUCUUACAGCAAUGUGCGAGUAUUAUUGCAGUAUUGGAUGAAGAUGUUUCAAAACCUACAAUAGUUGGAAUGCUGAAACUUUUAGUAUCUUCCAAGGAAGAUGACCCUAUGCCAAACAUACCCGGAGAUGUGAUACAAAAAAAACACAAGCUAAUCAAACACCUGAAAAGAAAUCACAGUCCUUUCGAAAUUUUCGGCGCCGAUAAAGUAAUAGGCGACUAUGGAUUAUUGGUGAAAUCAGAGUAUAAUGGAUUGGGUAUUGGCUACCAUAUGCUUCAAACGAUUGAAAAGGUUGCCAAAGCAUUCCAUAUUGAACAAUGUGCGAUGGUGUGUAGUAAUAUUCGGUCUCAAGUCAUGGCUGAAAAACUAGGUUACAAGACUUUAAACGAGAUUGUUUAUGAUGAAUAUAAAGACGAUCAAGGACGAGUGGUAUUUCCAGUGGAAGGAACCAAGUCGGUGAAAUAUAUGGCAAUUGAAUUUGUAUAAUAUACGUUUAUUAUUUAAAAUAGGCAGAAAAAGGUUUCAAGUUUUGAAAAAAAAACAAUUAUUUUCCUUCCUCUUCGAUCACUCGCUCGUAUUGAGCGACUAUUAUGCUGAAAACGGUUUUAUAUACCUAGGUAUAGGUACCUGCUACUUGAUGAGAAAAGUAUCUUCCUAAAGCCAAAAUUGUAGACUUUGACCUUUCUUGAAACAUGGUGACGAUUCAAGUAUAGAUACCUACCUACCUACCUACUUAUUUUAUACCUAUCACUAUUCACUUGUAUGUACCUACUUAAAGUUUCUUACUUUAUGCUAAAUAUGAUUAAUCAAUACCUAAUUAUUAUUGUUGUUACCUGUAUAAAAACUAAAAAUAAGACUUUCAACGCUCAA